AUGCCCUUUAGUCCGAGAGGGAAGAAACGAGGAUAUGAGUCCACCUAUAAUCUUCUCUCCGACGAGAACGAAGAUGACCCGGAUCUCGUGAAGAGUUACUCACAGACGGUCGAACUCCCAUCGGGUCGUACUAGUAGGUGGCUGAAAACCUCUCAGACCCAGCGGUACGAGCCUUCGAGCUUGAGUUCGGCAUUGAUCCAACAUGAUGACCUGCUGGACGACUGGAAUCCAUCGUUGGAAGAUGCAUCAUCUCAGUUCCCUGAUGAUGACGACUCGGACGAUGACGAGUCCAAUGACACACUGGAACCGACACCGCGUGAGCACGUCGUUAUAGAACAUACCUCUAACAGACGAGGUUCUUCGUUUGCGGACGCACCUUUGCGCACGUGGGCGGGAGACAAUCGGCAAACAGGGUACCGACAGGAGUACCUCGACGAAGAAGUUAGGGCUGAAGGUUGCGGUCGUGCAGCGGACACAUCCUGCAACUGUGAACGCGGACAUCCCAGAGUCUACCGGUGCGAGACGUGUUCGGGACGUCAUAUGACCUGCAGAGAAUGUCUCUUAUCGGCGCACUCAAAACUACCUCUACAUCAUGUAUCGGAAUGGAAUGGAUCGUUCUUCCAGAGGGUGUCUUUGUCGUUGCUCGGAUUAAGGGUGCAAGUGGGUCACGAGGAUGGCUCGCGAUGCGUCCUCCCUUAUCCGGGCCACCCGGAUUUUGUUGUUAUCCACGCCAACGGUCUUCACCAUAUACAUCUCGAUUACUGCGGGUGCGACCGCAAAGUAUCCUACCGUCUGCAGCUCCUCCGUUUCGGAUGGUACCCUUCUACAGUUGAUAUAGUCCGUACAGUGUCAACAGAAGAGGCGCUCGCGCAGUUCUCAGCUCUCACUUGCAAAACGAAGGUUUCUGCCUACGGCUACUACGAGGCUCUUGAAUGCUUGACCGAUCCCCUGGGCUUAAACGUUCCUAAUCGUCGAUAUAAGGCUUUUCUUCGUACAAUCCGUCAGCACGACCACGUCAAGCUCAUGAAAGAGGCCGGACGUGGCAAUGUUGUCUCCGGGAUUGAGACUACAAAACCGGGCGAGCUUGCGGUCCAGUGCCCGGCCUGUCCUCACCCCGGAAUCAACCUUCCUCCUGGCUGGGAGGAGGCCGACGAAUCUCAAAAAUUUUUAUAUUGCCUCUUCCUGGCGAUGGACGCGAACUUUCGGCUCAAGAAUCGCAACCGCGGGGAAUCAUCGACCGAUGUAGAGCUCCAUAACGGCCUCGCAUACUUUGUUAAAACAGGACCAUAUAUGGAGUACAUCCGUUCUAGCGAGGCCCAACGAGACAUAUCUACUUGUUCUGGAUUUCGCUCGCUAUCUAGUGCAGAGACCAAGUUCUCGCACGGACUUCUGGCCACGGGCGUAGCCAUGGUCAUAUGCGCUCGCCAUGAAUUCAUUCGCGCGUUAGGAGUAGGUGAUUUACAAGCCGGUGAACGGUACCCCAACAUGGACUAUAUAUUCUUCUCGACAAUGUCGAUGGUUCUUCUGCUGCUCGUCGUGAUUUCAUACGAUAUCGUAUGCCAGUGGAAGGUUAAUUUAUUCAAGCGCAUGGAUUCGUUACCACCAGAACUGCAGCUUUCUAUAUUGAUGCUAUCUGAUAUCCUCUUGUUCGGAAUUCCAAAGUUUCACGCGCCCGGCCACAACGAGAAGUGUGCCACCCAAUACUCUCUCAACCUCAUGUGGGGUGCGGGGCGUACAGAUGGAGAGGGAAUCGAGCGACGUUGGGGAGACCUUGGCAGAGCAAGUACUAUGACUAAGGAGAUGUCCCCGGGAGCUCGACACGAUACCCUCGACAUUCUUUUUACCUUGCAUAACUUAUCGAAGUACUGCAUGCUGGGAUUAACUCUUCGGGCGCGGUUGCUCGUGGCUGUAGACAACCGGGGAUUCCAGCGUAAAGCACUGGCCGCCUUCAGCGCCUCUAUCAGCUCGGAGGAUCGCCAAGUUUGGAUCGACAUGGCAGUAGCUUGGGAAAAAAACAAGGAGAAGCCCAACCCAUACUUAUAUACUCACAAGGGUAUUACCGAAACCGAGGUUCGCGCGAGGCUCGCCCAGAAAGAGAAGGACAUAAAGAUACUUCCUCACGAUAUGCCUCCCAGCAUUGUCGUGAAGCAAGCGUUAUCCAUUGAAGACAAGCAGCGCCGCCUACGCGAUGACCUGUCACGGCUUAGAGAUCUUACAGCGGACGAGAGGGCACAAAUUGACGUACGUCGCGCGGGCAUCAGCCGAGAGAUCUCGAAGCUUCGAGAUGUUCAAAAAGUUUAUAUGCCGGGACUGGACGUCGUCAUAAACAACAAGGGUGGCACUGGCGACCUCGAGCACGAACCCGAAAAGGCUCUGCUCUUUCUGCCCUCAGCACUAGAUGACCAGGAACGUAAAAUCUGUACUCACAGUUUUGCUGAGACGGAGACCGAGCUGCGUAUAGCUCAAGGCCAUGCGUCCCUCGACAGAUUACGCACAUUGCUCCAGACGAGGUAUCACUUUACUUCUCACCGGAAUAUUAACACACGAGGGCAACGGCCGACAACUCGAGUACAGACCUUGAUCAGGGAAUACAGCCGGAAGAUCGAGGCUGUACGGCUGAAGUACACAGAGGGAUUGGACGCCUUGAAGUUGCUUGAUCCACAGGGACGGUGGCAGGACAGUUUGAAACCACUCACCUUGGGCGAUCUCCGAGCACUCCAAGAGCCACUCAUAGACAUUGCGACGACUAAGCAAAAGGCAAAAGACCUGCAACAAGGGUUAGGAGAAGGUUAUCGAACAGUAUCAUGGAUCUGGACGGGCCGAACGAACGCGGGCGAUCACGAUGAUCGCGAAGAUCUCCGUGUUGAGUGGUUGAAAUCGCGGGCGCGUACGAAACGGUGGGAGGAGGAGGUCGACUUGCUGAAGGAGGAGAUGCGGCGCGUCCGAGCGUUCUUGGAAUACAAAGCCCGAUGGUGGGAGAGCCGCGCGGUUCUGGACUCCACGGGUGCGAGAUCGGACGCUUCGAGGCCGGGUGGGGAGGAGGCGGGAGGAGUGGCAAUGGCCGUCUGCACUGAUAGCCCAGCGCCUACAUGGUCCUUCUUGCAGCACCAAGCGCUCGCGUCGGGCGUGCAAGCGCACGCUCUCCGUCAAGCCCACCAGCAGCGUCUCUUGAGGAUGCACUUCACGGACCUAUGGGAGAAGAAGUGGUCAGUAGAAGAAGCCGUACCUUCUAUGGGCCUGGAGGGCCACCCAGAUUUUGAUUCCGACGCCGAGGAUGAUGGAGGAGGCAAGGAGGCGAUGGAUGUCGACGGCGAGGACGACGGCGAGGACGACGCGAGCGACGGGGAGCCAAAUGCGGAAGGGCCGGAAGAUACCGCUAACAGGAUCCAUCCAUUUUGGCAUGGAGAAAGUGGGAUGUGCCAUAAUAUUACAUGUAAUCACACUGCCAGUGGUGCCAGAACUGCCCGAGUCAGACUCCUCGCUGUCAUCCUGUUGGAUCAACUCGCCAGCGAGCGCGAACGCGUCGAUGAUGCGCUCGUCGUCAGCUUGAUGGAUGGAUGUCCAGAACCUUUUGGUAAGUUUACCGUAGUGGUCCUUCGAGAACGGGAGCGGGGCAGAAGCAGAGGGAGCGGCGGGAGUGGAAGCGGCGGAAGCGGGGGCCCCAGCGGCCUGAGCUUGAUCCUCAGCAACGUUGUCGCUGGCAUUGCCGUCGCUAUCGUCGGCCUGCUUCUUCUUUCCCUUCACCUUCGCCUUCGCCUUCUGUGCCCUACCCUUCUUCGGUCUAGCCUUGGCGUUGGCCUGUGCCAUGUACUUCUUCGCCUUGGUGAAUCCUUCGCUGUUCGCGGAGCAUCCCGAGCGGAUCGUGCUCUCGAGAGCAUCGCCGACGUUCCCGAGCUUGCCUUCGAUGUUCAUUUCGAGCGCUCGGCAGGCCUAGAUACCAUCAGUAAGAAUUGA